AUGUCUUCCAUCAAAAACGUCGCUCUUGCUGGUGCAACUGGUAGCCUUGGCUCUCUCGUUGUUAAGCACGUCAUUGCUUCUGGCCUAUUCAACGUCACUAUCCUGAAGCGCGCAGGAUCCACUACCACUUACCCUGACUCGGCUGAUGUCAAGUUUGUGGAAGUCGACUACGAUUCUCAAGAGUCCCUUCAAGCCGCUCUUACCGGCCAAGAUGCUGUUAUUUCGACACUUCCUGACCGAGCUAUCGAAAGCCAGAUUCCUCUCAUCGACGCGGCGGUCACUACUGGCGUGAAGCGAUUUCUUCCCUCCAUGUUUGGUUGCGAUCUAACCAACCCAAACGCUCGCAAGAUCCCCGUCUUCGUCCCAAAGGCAAAAAUCGAGGACUAUCUCAAAUCUAAAGCGAAGGAGUCUGGCUUGACUUACACGUUCAUCUACACGGGCGCAUUUUUGGAUUGGGGUAUCCAGAAAAAGUUUUUAGUCGAUCUUUCCAGCUCCACACCCAGGGUUAUCGAUGGAGGAGACUUGACUUUCAGCACCACAUCUCUUUCAACAAUCGCUGACGCUAUUGUUGGGGUUCUAUCGCAUCCUGCAGAGACAGAGAAUCGUGCUUUACGGGUUCAUGACUUGGUUACUACUCAAAACAAAAUUCUGGCCCUUGCCCGCGAAGCUCAUCCGACAAAGAAAUGGGAUCCCGUUUCAGUUUCUCUGGAUCAGCUCACUGCGGCAGCUGAAGCAAAUAUCGCCCAGGGAAUUUUUGACCAUGAGACCGUGGUAGCCUUCCUGUACCGGGGCCUUCUAGACCCCGCGUAUGAGACUACCUUUAAGACGACAGACAACAAGCUUUUGGGAAUAAAGUCAAAGGGAGAGGAUUUCAUCGUUAAAACUGUCAAGGAUCUCUUGAAUUAG